AAGGCCUCUGUCGUUGCCGAUUUCUUUUUGCUUUCAUUUGAAUACCUUCUCCUGAGAUUGAUUCGAUUCCUGUUGUAACUGAAGGUUUGUUGGAAAAUAACUGUUCAUUAAAUUCUCGAUCCGAUUUAAGAACCCCGGUGUCGCUGAUUUGAACUAAAUGUGUCUCGUGCUCUCGGUUCUUGUAAAGAUCUUAGUUUUCUUGGUUUAUAUCUCGCUGAUUUGAACUGAAGUUAAUUUGCUUAUUGGUGAAAUUUUGUCAAUACGUUUGAAGGCCUGAAGCUGAGACGACAUUAGUGAAGUAGCUGAUAUACAUGAUUUAUCCCCAGUCAAUCACUUGAUGGGCCAAGGUUCUGCAUAUACUGAGUGAGUGGGGCAUCCCUUAUGGAAGUUAUUAAUGAUCGAUAAAUAUAGUGAAAAGAGAUUCGUUACUAGAAGUGUCAUGCCUUCAGGUGACAAACAUCAUCCUCUUUUUGUUAAGAAAGUGGCUUUAAGGGAGUUGCCUAAUGAAUCUAGGAAUAUUAACAAGCCACCUAUAAAGUCUCUUCCCAAAGAGUCUGUGAAGCAACUCACCCCCGAUUCUAGGAAGGUGGCUGGGAUUAAGAGGCAGCAACCUGAUGCUCCACCCAGUCCUUCCAGUUAUCAGCCCCAAGGGAAAAUUUCUCCACUUGCAAAUAUUGUUUAUACUCGUAGAAAGCUCGAAACAGAACAAGGCAAGAUGGGUGAUUUUGUCAAUAUCAAUCAUGCUGAAUCUCCAGAAUCAAGGAAGCUUAGCAACAACUGCACAAAAAUACCAAAUAUGCCGAAAAAUUUGAUUCAGGAAGCUAAGGCGAGUUAUCCAUCACAUGUUUCUGAUGCAGUUACUUCCUUGGCUGCCUCAUCUGUGGGACUAUCAUUUCCCCAUGUUCAUGGGAAACCCAUCUCUAGAUUAACAGGUCCAGAACCACUAGAUUCAGUGUCUGCUGCUGGGUGUUCUUUCACUGCUGACCCUCACAAAGUGAAUAAUGAAGGUUGGAAAGACAGGUUCCUUAGGCUGCAGACGUUCCUAAAGACCUGUGAUCAGGCAAACCAGGAAGAUUAUAUACAAAUGCUUCGAUCUCUAUCUGCCGUUGGCCGAAGUAGGCAUGCUGUGGAACUGGAGAAAAGAGCAAUACAUCUGUUGUUGGAGGAAGGCAAGGAGUUGCAACGUAUGAAAGUUCUUAAUGUUUUGGGUACACCUUCAAAUGAUCAUGCAUCCACUCCAAGUCAGGCACCCUUUUCUCUUGCAAGCAGAGCUCCAGAGUCAUAAAUACUUCCUUGUUAGAGUGUGUAAGAGAACAUAUUGUUUUAAGGAAUUUUUGUACUUGUUUUCUGCUUUAGUUUAGAUUAACUUAAUUCACGUGUCUCUCAGGAGUAACAUGUAAAGGUUUAUUAUUAUCGGAUGAUGUUUUAUUUGUAUGAUCUUUAAAUGAACAAGUUAUUGGUUGCCAAAAUCAGCAAUCUGUGCCUGAUGAUGCACCCACCAUGUUUUUAGGUUA